CAGGAAACAUGGCGGCUGCCAUGGAGUUGAGAUGCUGGGGAGGCGACUGGGGUCUUCCCUCUGUCCACACCGAGUCUCUGGUGGUUCUGGUAACGCGUUCUUUGGUUUACUGUCUGUCAAACGCAUGUUCGCUCUGUGGACGUGUCAUUCCUCGUUGCGCGAGUAUCGGGUCGGUAUCUGCUGGAGCUGUCAUUGGUUAGCUUCAUGCUAACGUGGCUGCUGCUGCUGCUGCACUGCAGUCGGCAGCUGUCGCGGUGUUUACAAACAGUCGUGAUCGCUCAUCGGUUGGGUUCUUCGCUGGAUUGUCAAGACGAGUCUUGCACUGCGGCUGGUUGUUGAGCACCUGGAAGUACCUGGACAUUCAAGGUCAACCAGUAGAAACCAGGAUGUUCUCCCCGUCUGCUGACAUCUUGUUUAAAUGAAUAAGUUGACAAGCAUUAACAAGAUGAAACGAACUACGGCUUAUGCAAAGUUUUCAGGUGCUAAACUGACAGUCUCACCAGUGGACUGGACAUGGAGAACCCUGACAGCGACCAUCCCAGAGCUCCUCUGUGGAGACUCUUCAGUCGUCGAACCUUCCCAGAUCCUCACCUUCUUGAGGAAGCAGAGGUUCAACGCUGACUAUGAGCUGUCGGCCCGGCAAGGAGCCGACACCAUGGCGUACAUCGCUCUGCUGGAGGAGAAACUGCGACCCGCUCUGUUACACACUUUUUGGGUGGAUGCAGAAAACUAUGCCAACCUGACGCGGCCCUGGUUCGCCUCCCGAUCGCCUUUCCCUCUGAAUUUCCUGGUGCCUCGUCGCCACGCCAACGUUGCCCUGUCCAGGAUCCUGCUGACCAAAGGAGAGUCGCAGCUCCUCAAAAUCACUGAAGUAGAAGGGAAGAUUUACAGUGACGCCAAAGAGUGUCUGAAUCUGCUCUCCUACAGACUCGGGAGCAAUAAAUACUGUUUUGGAAACUCGCCGAGCAGCCUGGAUGCGUUUAUGUUUGGCUUUCUGGCCCCUCUGCUCAAAGCCGACCUCCCCAGCAGCCCCCUGCAGAACCACCUGAAGCAGCUGGAGAACCUGGUCGUGUUCUGCGACAACAUCCUUGCCAGAUACUUCAGCGCCUCAGACCCAAGUUCUCCUCCUUCUGUCCAGGAAUCUGUGGACGCCAACCUCCAGAAACUAACUCAGCUAGUGAACAAAGAAUCCAACUUGAUAGAGAAGAUGGAUGACAACCUGCGUAGCAGCAGCAGCCCUCAGCACAGACCUCACCGCCCAGAACCCAAACCCAGUCCGAAGAGCGAGAGGAACUCCACACCCGCGUGACCUCUGACCUCUUAGUGUAGAUUAAGGUGCAUUCACAGCUCUAAUAAUCAUUCUGACUUGAACUGUAUUUAUGCUACAACUACUAGAGGAAAGGGCUUUCAGAGAUGAAGAAAGUGCUCGUGUGUUUCUGAAGGAGACGUUGCUAGUGGGAUAGAAGUCAGUCAGUGUGACCUCUGAGAGCGUCCAUCUGCUUUAAUAGCUUUGUUUUAUCUUAAAAAGGGACUGCAUUCAAAUGUUGAGUUUUAUACCUGGUCCAAGAAGAGCACUUUAUACAACUCCAAAGUCAGUGUCAGAGUUUUCAGGGGCUUUUCAGGUUGGUUUGGUGGUUCACCCACUGUAGAUAUUUCAUGCAGAAAACAAAGCAAUGCAACUGAAUGAAGCAGAAUUCGUGAUCAGCGAUUGACCGCAACACUGAGGCACUGACCUUUGCUCUGUUAGUUCAGGAUGAUAUUACUGUGGUUUCUCAUUGUUCCACGUUCAGCUGUGCAUUGUCAUAACUUUCAAAUGUUCAUGUCCAAAUACAUUCAUUGCAGGAGUUUAGAAAAAAUCUAAUCUAAUAUAGUCGAAAAUAAAACCCUUUCUCCCCUGCAUGCAGAACACAUGGCUUCUGGUGCGUUCACUGACCUACGAAAUAUAUUUUAGUUAAAAAAAAGAAAGUAGCCCAGUAAAAAUAAUAUCCAAGUUAUUAAAAAGAAAAUAACUUUUUGUGAUGUUGCUGUCAUAAAAUAAUUUUGUUUUUCGUUCUGUAUUCCCUCUGUGCUUCUGUUAUUUAGAGUCUCUUGUGUCCAUCAGUUUGAAUGACUUGACGUCUGAUAAUUCACUGUCAUGAGCUGCCUUUGAGUCCACAUUUUCACGUUCACCUCAUACAAGUGCGUUUAGGAUGCCGUCCUUGUCUGUCACCGCUGGUUACCUCCCAGUUACAUGGGACCAUUCCCGUUUUUUGAAGCCAUAUACUGGCAGCACUCGUAACAACAUUCAUGCUUGUGAAGAACAAACGUUUGCCGUGUGCCUUCAUGACUGCUUGUGUGUUUGUGUUCUGACAUCAUGUUAAUAAAAGGCAUA